GCUGCAAGCUGCUGGUGUUGCCGUGACGAUGAUAUCCUCCUCCCCCUCCCUCCUACACACACACACACACACACACACACACACACACUGAGGAGAGGCAGCAAACAAGACGCUAUCAUGACGCGAUGGCUUCAGGCUGCAAAACAGACACUUGCAGCGAUCGCCUCAGGAGGACGUGGACACAUUGGAUUUCAUCUUCAACCCACUGUAAAUUAAACUAACGCCAAGGCUUGUCACUUUCCCGAAAACAGACUGGAAGAAGACCAGACCGCUCCUCUUACACUAUAAUUCUUGUGGUUUCAAGAGACUAAUAUUUCUCUGGGAGCGGACAACACGUAAAAGCAGAAGGAUGUUUUAAAUUGGAAAUUUAUCAAGAUUUUAAUGCCUGGAGCCUUUUGUCGCCCAACAGGAAUUUAAUGGAAUGACGUAUGCCAAGAUUGAUUGACUACAGGCUCAGAUAAAGACCAUUAGCCUCUCUUCUUAGUGGUGGACACGUCAAGAACGGAGCAUUUUUGUCAAGCUAGACUUUGCCGAGGGUUUCCAUAAGGAGUUUGUUUGAAUGUUUUACUCCCUCCCGUUGAAUGUACGAUGGAAUAAACCCCGAAACACAAGAAGAAGAACCACAACAAGCUGCUCAGAAAGACAGUAGCUGUAUCGGAAAAUAAAGCCCCUUCCCCUGGCUGCAGAGGGGAACAAGGGGUGUGUUCGGAGGUUCACCCCCACCAGGCUGCCGCUCGCAGAUGGAGGCCCACCAACACUCCCCAGAUAGCAGCAGUGAGGAGUGCACCGUCCUGGAGGCUCCGCCCGUCAAAAACGCCUGCCCACAACAUGCAGGGAAGGUGGCGGACCUGUACUGUUCGGCCUGUGAGGUUGCGCUGUGUGAAGACUGUGUGUCGGACCAUGGAGAGCACCCGAAGGUGGCCCUCACCCAGGCCCUGGAGCAGCAUCGCAGCAGCCUGCAGGAGAGGCUGGGAUCUGUCAACAACAGACUCCCUCAGAUUUCAGAUGCCCUGUCCUUCGUCAAGGAGAUCCUUCAGCAGCUGACCAAUCAGAGAGCUUCCAUUGAGGAGGACAUCCAGUCGAGCUUCGAGGACCUGCACAAGCAGCUGGAUGUCCGGAAGAGUGUCCUGCUGAUGGAGCUAGAAGUCACAUACGGACUCAAACAGAAGGUCCUUCAGGCGCAGGUAGACAGCCUUGUCCGGGGAGAGGGGGAAAUCAUGGCCACCUGUACCCAGACGGAGGAGGCCCUGGCUGGGGAGGCCUGCGUGGCGAGCCUGCAGGUGGAGCAGGAGCUGCGGGAGAAGCUGGGGGAGCUGGUGGGCCUGGGCCUGCCAUGCCAGCCGGAGGAGAACGACCAGCUGGAUCUGGUGAUGGAGACGGACGGGCUGAGGAAGUCCAUACACAACCUGGGGACCAUCGUCACCACCAGUGCGGUGGCGAGCCAAAGUGAAGCCAUGGGCGCCGGCCUGGAGCAGUGUGUAGUCGGACAUCCUGCCUCGGUUACUAUCGUAACAAGGGACAAGUCUGGGGGAGCGUGCAAGAGUGGUAACGCAAUCCUAUCGGCUGAGGUGUUCACCCCAGAUGGCAGCAUCGUAGAUGGUGAGAUCGUGGACCACAAGAACGGGACAUAUGAGUUUGUGUACAUCGUGCCGAAGGAGGGCGACUUCUCCCUGGCACUUCGACUGUACGACCAGCACAUCAAGGGAAGUCCUUUCAAACUGACCAUCACCAGGGUCUCAGAGGCAGAAGUAGAGGUAUCUCCAUCCACCACGACAGCAACCAACUCAGCAGCCAAUGCCACCCCAUCCACAGGCUCCUCUGAGGGGGCAAAGAGACGAGGGAAGUCCCCUGGCCAAAAGAAGAAGGGCUCCAAGAGGGCCAGCAGUGCCCUGGGCACCCCGCGACGCAAAACUCAGAACCCCAUCGAGGAUGACCUCAUCUUCCGGAUUGGAACAAAAGGCAGGAAUAAAGGAGAGUUCACCAACCUCCAAGGAGUGGCUGCCUCUUCCACUGGCAGGAUACUGAUUGCCGACAGCAACAAUCAGUGUGUCCAGAUUUUCUCCAACGAGGGAGAAUUCAAGAGUCGUUUUGGAGUGCGGGGACGGUCGCCGGGCCAACUGCAGCGCCCCACCGGUGUAGCCGUGCACCCCAGUGGUGACAUAAUCAUUGCCGACUACGACAACAAAUGGGUCAGCAUCUUUUCCUGCGAGGGCAAGUUCAAGGCAAAGCUCGGCUCCGGUAGACUUAUGGGACCUAAGGGUGUGUCCGUGGAUGAAAAUGGUCACGUGAUUGUGGUGGACAACAAGGCGUGCACUGUCUUCAUCUUCCAACUGACUGGCAAGCUCAUCACCAAGUUUGGUAGCCGGGGCAAUGGUGACAAGCAGUUUGCAGGUCCACAUUUUGCAGCAGUGAACAAGAACAAUGAGAUCAUUGUGACAGACUUCCAUAACCACUCUGUCAAGGUUUUCACCCCCGAGGGAGAGCUGGUGUUGAAGUUUGGAUCAAACGGUGAAGGAAAUGGCCAGUUCAAUGCUCCCACCGGUGUAGCUGUGGACAUCAAUGGGAACAUCAUUGUAGCUGACUGGGGCAACAGCAGGAUACAGGUUUUUGAUGGCAGCGGCUCCUUCCUAUCCUACAUCAACACAUCAGCAGACCCUCUGUACGGGCCUCAAGGUCUGGCUCUGACCUCAGAUGGACAUGUGGUGGUUGCCGACUCUGGCAACCACUGCUUCAAAGUCUACCGAUACCUACAAUGAUGGAGGCUUAGACGGAGAUGUGAAGAGGAGGCAGGAGAGAGGUGGACAGGGGGAGCAGUUGUUGGAUGUUGUUGGAGAUACGGUGUGCAAUGUCAAAUUGUAGGAAUUACUGCAUGAACCUCUAUUGCUGCCUGUAACUCUGGAUGGAAGCAUGGACAGAAGACAGGAAAAAGCAAAGGAGACGGAUUAGCUAAACUGCCAUCAAUACAUUGUCACAACUGCAAUGGGAAUAUCUAACUUUGUCAUCCAUGAUGGUUUUGAGAUGUCUGAAGAAGGGAUGAAGCUCAUAGAAAAUAAGAUGGAAUGGAAAAAUACGAUAUUCCUGACAAAGAAGUACACCAGAAUGGGCGACACAAGCGAAAUGUGAAGUGCAGCAACAAAUUAACAAUGCCAAAUCAAGAGGCCACUCUUCUUCCAAUUUGACAUGAGUGGAACAAUGGAGGAUUGAAUGAAAAAGGCUUUAAGAAAACAAAGGGAAAACAAAAUAAGGUUCCGAGAAGAGCUGUGAAACCACCGCCUCCGUAAUCUACAAUGUAGUGAAUGCUGGAUAAAGGUAUCAAAGAAGUAUCAAAGGCAUGAAAGCAUACAUAUAGGAUAUGAAGUGAAGAGAAUGGAUUGGAGGUUGAAAGUUUUCUAAUGUUCUGCCUUCUCAUAUUGUAUUUAAUCCACAAAAUAAUAGCCAAUGAGCUAAAAGAGGUCUAUGUCUGUGACAUUAUUUGAUCCUUUACAUUAUAACAAACGUCCCUGCAGUUUAACCCGUAACUUUGGAAGCUAGAAUUUGCUACUAAAUCUGCACUCAACUUUAAACUCGUGCAGCAGUAGAGCCACGCAGUCAUGUUGGGAAACUCCCAGCAAGGGACGCAUUAAUUUGUAAAUAUUGCUAAAAAAUGGAGGGGCGGCGGGGGGGGGCAACUUCUCCCAGUCAAAUUUCCAGUGAAUUUUGGCAGAUUAUAAACAACUGAACGGUAGACUAAGACAUGGGCCACUUUUAGCCUGUUGUGCAUUGUUUGUAACUUAGGAUUGUUUGAAUAUGGAAUGUUUAUUUUGUUUCCCAUAUGCUAGUGUUCUUUACAAAUUAGAAACGAUUGCUUGACUCUAAUUCUGAUUGUCUGAGUGACUGAUUGAUCGAUUGAUUGGCUUGAUUGACUCGGUAGCUUUGAUGGGCAUCAUUGUCUCUCUCUGCUUGGUUUGAGUGCUCAUAUAUUUUUCCUGAAAAAUCCGUUGCAAUGAGAACAAGUCUAUAAAUCUAUCCUAUAUAUUUGUGAGAAGACGUUUAAUAAUAUGUAAAAUGCUCAAAGUAAUCAACAUAUUUGGAAUCAGCAACAUUUUCACACUCGUUUCUGCUCAACAUCUCCGUAGCAAAAGAGAAAAGAGUGGGGGAGGGAAUUGCAGACUGUUUGAUUCAAUCCUUGCCGAAACCAAGGAUUUCGAGAAUGCUGUAAGAGUUGCGUGAAGUGCUGUCGCCUGCUUGUACAAUUUCACGUUCUGCCCAAAAAAAGAGAAUACCUCAAUGUUUUAGAAGCAUGCCUCUGUUAUUAUGUAAUUGUUGACAUCUGACAUACCAGAUUUCAACUGUAAGCUCCCAUUUUGCAAACUGUUCACCCGCACCAAAAGACGAUUAACACCUCGUUUCCACAUAGCUAGUCAACCAGAACUCUGUGGAGCUACUUCACUGUUUUUUUCAGUUUGAAGUUUGCCUUGACCAUCUAGAACAAUGUGGACUUCUGAAAUGGAUUUUGGAAAGAGUGCUAUAGUAAAUUUGAGCUACUUUAAUGCACGAUUCAUGAUUAUAUGUUCUAACCACACUGCAACCUCCAAGGCUGAAAACUAAGUGCCAACCCCUGCAUUUCCUUGAAUGACCACUGGACCAAAUGAGACUGGCUCCAGAAGUGAGUCAAUCCAUAUUUACCCUGGUACUAAAAUGGCCAUUUUACAGCGGGAAAUACUGAUGUUCCACGCUCAUGUUCCAUAAUACUAGAUGGGGUAAAACCUAUUGCCUUCCGUCCAUCUUUGAAAUGAUGCAUUUCAUAACACUGAACACUAGAGGGCAUAGUCUGUAUAUUAUACAGAAUUAUGGGCACCAAACAAAAGGUGGCUUUGCAGACACACAUCAACCUGUUUACUGGAGGCUACAUUAGGUUGUUAAAAACAAACUGGCGCUGUCUGAAGAUGAAGAUAAGGAAAGGUGAGACUUCUUCAGAAAAGAUGCUAAAAACCAUCCCAAGCCAUUAAUUUUCUAAUGGGACCAUUCAAAAACACAAUAAACAAGAUGGAAACGUGACUGUAGUGGAGUGCAGUCGAGUGAAAUUGACUCCUGUUGCGUUAGCAUUCAGAAGCAGCACUAACAGAUGUUCCACUGUUCGUCUGCAUUGGUUUAAUUCCCCAGAGUCCUUCACUGCGUAAACUAUAUAUCCCCCUAAAGCUAUGUGGAAACGAGUCAAGCAACCAUGACAGUAACAUCAGUAAAGUAUGCUUAAGGACAUCAAACACCUGUGAAAUUCCAAAGCAUUUACUCAUAACUUUUAGAAAAGUGCCGUGUGAUAUAAUAACAACACAGAGCAUUUACAUGAGCUAUUGACGAGGCAAGAACCACAUUUACGUUAUUUACAUGAUCGUUGAGUUGGACAGUGUUAAUAUGUGAGAAACACCAGAUGCUUGUGGUUGCAGAAGUGGCGUCCUGUCAGUUAUUCACACAACAUUCAGUCUUUUUUGAAGAAGGAAUUAAGAGAAACAAUAAUCACCAUGUUCACAGCCGGGUUGAAGAUUUUCUAAGUUAUUUAUUACUUCUAUUUAUUAUUUAUUGUUUUGAUUAGUCAUUUUAAUCUUGCCAUUAGAUUGUGUUCCACCAUGUGCAUUGAGAUUCUUAAGUGCCCAUUACAUUUCUUCUUUUUGUACAUUUUAUCUGAAUGUGACUGUGGUGGCUGUUAUGUGUGUUUUGCUACAUUUUAUUCCUGUUCUUUAUUUAUUUUUGUUGUUGUCAUUUUUGUCAAGUUGAAACUGUCAUGCUGUGGGGCAAAAAAAUAUUCAAGCUUGCCAGUUAGCCGGAAUAGGUUGUUAGCAUUGCAUUUCCGAUCAAAACCAAUGGUCAAAAAGCUAACUAGUAACCUGUAGUACAGCACAAUGAUCAAAUUGAUUAAAACAAUUUGCUUUUGAAUGCUAAUACUGCCAGUUUUGAAUGUGGUUACAGGCUAACUUAAUAGCUCAUUUUUGCCAUUGGUUUAGAUGCUGAAUGCUCAUCACUUUUACAGAUAGCUAAGACAUUAUAGUUUUUAGACGAAAAUAAAAAAACGGACAAAAGUGCAUGUUCAAUGAAAAUAAUCGGCUAAAAUGGAAAGAAUUCCCCAUUUGUGCUGAUUGUCAGUCUGUUCAAGAGUCUUUUAAAAGUACUUUUUCUGACUUUGUUCAAGCGCCCAACAAUCCUGGAGGAGAUUUUUGGAUUUGUCUGCGCUCAUUGAUUGUUUCAACAAAAUCUGGCCACGGUUUUUAAAGUAAUCCAGGCUUUGUUUGCUGGAUGUUCAGCCUUAAUGUCAGUAAUACAUAUGAAUGUUGUUUCAAAGUUGUUAUGAUGGAACUGCCUUCUCAGUAAUCUUGAUUUGAAACUUUGCGUAGACAUACAGCAAGUAAUAGAUAGAUAAUAACCAUUUCAAGCAUAAAUAGAUUAGAUUGGAGGCUACACAUCCAUUUGAGAGAACUUUGAUUCCGCUGAAAAAUAUCUUUGGGCUUCUGUGAGUGCGUGUGUGUGUGAGUUUUCACCAUGAAAUAGAUCUACAUUAUAUACUGGUUACAUUUUUUUCCUCAAAUGGAUAUGUGGUGUUUUGGAACACAGCUCAGUUCUUAUCGGUCACUUGCCUGCUCUUUCGCUCUCUGUAAUUACUAUCUGUCAUGUCUGUUCACUGUUAUGGGCUAUCUCUUAAUGUUCACACACACUCAACACUGAAAUAAAGCAUUGAUUCCUAAAUGGCA